AUGCAGUUUCACUAUGAGAUCUGCUGCUGUGGAAACAGUUUCUACACUGGCUGUUCAACCAAGUCAUUGACCUGUCAACCACCGGUCAGUUGCUAUGGUGACAAACACAUCUGUCCUUUGAGUGCUUCCUGUGUGUCGUCAGGUAUCGCAUGUAGCUGUGCGGGGAAGCACGGCUCAGACCCAUGUGGAGACAACCCUUACCCCAGUGGCUCAGCCUUCCCUGAUUACUUCCCUGUCAGAGGCACACGCUUGUACGUGGCAUCAUCAGAUAUCUACACCGUAGCAGCCGACAUCGCCGUGGAGACCGGGGAUGUGAUUGGGAUCCUGACAGAGGGCAACACCGAUGUCCUGUCAUGUGACUCCAGUCAGACGUCACAGUGGACUCAGAACAAAUACAUCUUCACCAACGUGGCCAGCGAUAGGUCGUCAGUCAUCAAAAAGAAUUUCCUGAUCUCACCCAACCAGGUGUGUCAUGUGAGCACUGUGUACGCAAGUCUCGAGAAUGUGUCACUGCCGGCCGCACUGUCUGUGAUGGACAAGACUGGGGUGUACAUGGUAGGGUACGCAGUGGCAGGACGGUCUACAGAGUGUGAGGUCACUGUUCAGGAGGAUGUAGCAGAUAUUCUGUGGGUGUUUCCGACCCUCGCCCGUGACUCCAGCAUCACGGUGGAAAUCAACACACCCAUAACCAUGGUUGCGAGGAUCAACCAAGGUUCUGAUUUGAGAUACAUCUGGGAGGUGGAUGGUGUGAAUGUGACAACGAUCAGUGUUGAAUCCUCUUGCCCAUCGCAGGUUGUUGCUGCCAGAUGCAGCACAAACAGUUCUUCCAUUGCUAAACCUUUUACAUACAUCACGCAGUCCUUCCAAACAGCAGGCCAAGUGAGAUUAACCAUUUACAAUGAUGUCAGUUCUAAAGAAGUGGUUGUAGUUAUCAGCAUAGACCACUGCAUGCCUAUCAAAGGGCUGCAACUCUUCCACAGCUGUAGUGGUGCAAAGUGCUCUACCUUAGUGGAAGUUGGUGUGGAGCUUCUUUUUGAAGUGGAAAUCACAGCUGGUGUGGUAGACACAUACAGUUACAAAAUAGCUGGUGCUUUUCUUUCUGAGGGAGGAAAAUAUUUGAACCACACAUUCAACACACCUGGCCAGUAUGAGCUGGUUGUGAACGGAUCGUGUGGGCGGCAUUCAAUGGUGGCUACUCUCACCAUCACUGCCAAAAUAGCUGCUCACAUUGAAAACUUUCAGUUUUCUACCCAAGGUCUAAAAGUUGUUCCUGUUAAUGAGGAAUUUUCAUUGUUUUGUAAUGCUGUCGUACAAAUAGAUGCUGAGGUUGAAGUGACAUUUUAUCUGUAUGCCAGUGAUACCAAUGUAAAGACGAUUUCAAAGACACUUAACACAUCAUCGACACGUUUGGUGGAGUCUGUGAAUGACACAUACACGACGGCCGGCCAAUAUCUUGUGAAUGUUACAAUCACGGAUGUGUUUGAGGUUGUGUCAAUCUCCAGAACGGUUUACGCUGUACACAAACUGACGGGCAUCAGUGUGGAUUCUCUAGUGCAUUUUAUUCUCCUGGACAGAGAGAUCGAGUUUAGAGCUGUGGUCAACUCCACGUCUGGGCCGGUCACUGUUGGGGCAGCCAUGCUGGCCUACAAUUGGACAUUUCCCGGUGUUCUCAUCCAAUCAAAGACCAGCAAGAUGCUGAUCAUUCAGAGACAGAAGAUGGAUGUGCUGGGAGAGCACCGGAUCACGGUAUCCGUUGACAACAGAGUGAGUUCUGUGUCUGGUUUCAAGACCGUCACGGUCGAACAGUGUGUGUCGGAUCUGAGGCUGUCGUACAACGGUCCUCAACACAUCUCCAACAACAUCACCAUCAUCGCCUCCCACGAUGAGGGAACAAACGUCACAUUUACAUUCGACUUCGGGGAUGGACGCCCGCCUACACAGCAGAACGAUUCCAGCUUGACCACUCAAUACGGGUCCGUUGGAGUCUUCAGUGUCUCCGUGAAUGCAUCAAACGACCUUCACCUUGCUGACUGCAGGCCGGCGUCUGCUCAACUGACCGUGUAUGUGAUGGACAAUGACACCCUCAUCCUCCUUGGCAUCCUCCCCACGCCCUGCAUCGCCAUUAACUACAGAGUCACCCUGUCGGCACACGUCAUCAAUGUCGACCCCCAGAGGCUGAUGUAUGAGUGGAGUCUUGGUAACAGUCAGGGUUAUGUAAGGGGAGAAGGUAAGCAGAACGUCACUUCUUGGUACUCUGCCCAGGGCAUGUACAACGUGUCUGUCAUGGUGAAUGGUGUGGAGAGGGCAGAGACAACCAUGUGCGUGCAGGAGACCAUUGCAGGUCUAAAGAUAUCCACACCGAACCCGGCAGUUGUCCGCACAGUCAUCCAGGUGUCUGUCUCAGUUGCCGCAGGGUCAGACCUCUCAUACAAGUGGAAGGUUGACAUCACCAACUUGAAGUGUGAGACAUUGCAGUGUUCUGUCACCAAAGACCAGCCUGGGAACUACCUGGUGAACAUUGUGGCCUACAACAAUAUCAGUCGAGAAGAGGUUGAGGUCAGACUGAUUUUCCAGAACCUCAUCACAUCACUGGCCGUGCUGUGCUCCACUUGUAAAGAGAGUGUUUAUGCCAACACGGCACUCCACAUGAAUUUGAGAGCGAUGAUUGCCGAGGGAACCAAUGUGUCCUAUGUUUGGGAUUUCGGGGAUGGGACCAAGGGAAAUACAAGUCAGGUGAAUCAUGUGUUUACACCAGAAGGUCAGUACAAUGUCUGUGCGACAGCGUCGAAUCUCGUAGAUAAAGAUGUUGAGUGUGUUGUGGUGACUGCCGAGGAUCCUAUAACUGAUCUGACGUUGGUGUCCGAUACAAGAGACGUGGAAAGCGGGUCAGUGGUACAGCUGGAAGCCAAACGCACAUCGGGCAGCAGCAUCAAAUACGUGUGGCAGUGCACAGGUCAGGCAGAUGUGACCUCGGUGAACCAGAUAUUUACCACACGUCUGACAACCUCCCAGACAUACAACUGUACUGUUACCGCUAGCAACCACGUCACAGAGCAGGUAGUGGCAAGCAUUACUAUCUCAGUGUUUGUGAAAAUCACCAGUUUACAAAUCGUGCAUCAACUUGUUGAUCGUAAAUAUGGAGCAGCCUUGGAGGUUUUGAGCUUUGAAGGGAAAGCAAACACAGAUUUCCUUGUGAGUUAUGACUGGAAUGUGUUCAAAGAAGGAUCUUCAGUGUGUCGGAGUGCAGGAAAAAAUCUGAGUCAGAAAUGUAGUUCACUUCCUGUGGGCAAGUACUCUGUAGAUCUCACAGCCAAAAACUACAUUAGCACAAAAACUGUCAGUUUAACUUUUGAGAUCAUACAACGAAUAGUUAAUCCCAGAAUGAGUCUUUCGGCUGAAUUUGUGUCUCUCAGCACAGAUAUAGAUCUGUCGGUUGUCAUGGACAAAGGAUCUAACGUGACGUAUGGCUGGUCGGUUGAACCUUCAGACUCUUCCACCUGUACAGGAAACAACGAUGCACACACGUGUCGGUUCAGAGCCAUCGGAAGGUACAUGGUUAGAGUGGAGGUGCGUAACGUUCUCAAUCCAUCAGCCGAGAUACUAGACAGACAGAUCACUGUACAGCAACUGGUCAAAGAUGUCUCCAUCACCUCCAGCAUUGGUGAUGAUUUUCAGUUUCUUGCUUUCGGGACGAAACUGACUUUUACACCAGUAACAUCACAAGGUUCAGAUCUGCUUUACUCCUGGGUGCUGUCAUUCGGGAGUCUCUCUGUGGCCAGUUCCGACUCUGUGACACUGUUGUACACAUUUACCCAGACAGGAACCUACACCAUCGUGUUGAACAUCUCCAACGAGGUUAGCCACGAGGUAAAAACAACCUCCAUCAAGGUGCAGCAGGAAAUACUGGUCGUCGUUCUUAAAUCAGACAAGAAUGUGAUUACAACUGGAGGCACCGUUUCGCUGAUGGCUGUAGCCAGGUCAGGUUCAGACACCAAGUUUGAGUGGAUCAUUGAUGGACAGGUUCAGUCCACCUCCCUAGCUUCAUUACAGAAAACAUUUCUGUCUGCUAACGUGCACACCGUCACCGUCAUGGCUUACAACAAAGUGAGCAACGCGUCUGAUCAGAAGAACAUCACUGUGGAAGAUCCUCUCUCAGGACUGGAAGUCGCGAACUGCUCGGUUGUCCGGCCAGCACUGGUUGACACAACUCUGGUUGCAUCUGUCUCACAGGGAACUGGUGUGUCAUUCACAUGGGCGGUGGAGACCGUGCGUGGUGUAAAGAAAGCUUAUUUUGGAAAGACUGUGAUUCACAUGUUCGACUCUGCAGGAAGUUUUCUAGUCGAACUGUCUGCCGCAAAUCAGGUCAGCAAUACCUCAAUAAGAUGCUCCAUGAAUGUACAAGGAAUUGUCAAAAUUUCCACCAUUAAAAUAAAUUCAGAUAUAAAAUAUUUUGUUGUCAAUGAGACAAUUUACUUUGUGGCUAUUGGUGAAAAUCUCGGUGACACCACCUUUACAUGGGACUUUGGUAAUUCAGAAGUGGCAAGUACGAAAAACAGUAAAUAUCAGAGAUUGUUUAUGAAAGCUGCUACCUACCAUCUGACAGUGACUGCCUCGAACAACGUAAGUCAAGCCGUAUUCCAAACAGUCUUCACUGUUCAUCACCUGCAGUGUGAAAUCCCUGAUGUGUCAGUUGUGGGGGAGUCCUCUCGAACCGUUUUAAAAUCACGGGCUCUUCAACUGGAGGUUCUGGUUGAUUCAAAAGGUUGCAUUAUGUACAACUCUAAACAUAUAUGGAAAGUAUACACAGAUAAAGCCUGCAUGGAUGACAUGGUUUCUUUAGGUGACACACACAUCACCAGCCCAGCUCUCAAGGUGAAGCCACGGGUCCUCGACUAUGGGAAGUACUGCGUAAUGUUUACUACAAUGUAUGAAGAUACCCCGGUGCACGAGUCUGCUAACUACACCCUAACUGUGGUUGCCUCCCCUUUGAAGGCCAUGAUUGCAGGUGGCUCUGAGCGCAGACUUCCGGAGGCUAAAGACUUGUUGCUGGAUGGUAGUCUGUCGUUUGAUCCAGAUACCCUCGACGACACAAGUGGUUUGACCUACCAGUGGAUGUGCAAAUCUCUUUCUACAUCGGUUUUUUCACCUGCCUGUCCUGAUCUCGACAGCUUGCCGAAGGUCAAGGCUGAGUUUUCAGAAGGAUCUUACCUGAUAGAACUGACUGUUGCCGCUGGAAACCGAUACAAUUCUACACAGCAAACUAUCCAUGUACUGAGAGGCAGUGUUCCCAUGGUAACCAUUGAGUGUGUUUCCUGUAAGUCAUCAAAUACUUUCCAGAUCAGCCCCAACCAACAGGUGGUGCUCUCAGGCAGGUGUACCAACUGUCUCUCCAACAUCAGAUACAGAUGGCAGGUGGAGGCAGAUGGAAUCCAAGUGCCUCUUGAUGAGACAACAACUACAACAGGAGGCUCCAAUAUUAACCUGGUUGUUCGUCCAAACGUUCUUGGUGUUGCUGACACCUACACAUUCAGUCUUAAUGUUACAUCUUCCGGGUUUUCCGGUGAAGGAAACGCCAUUCUCAGCUUAGAGUCAAACAAACCUCCUUCAGGAGGGUCUUGUGUCAUUGGUGGAGCUGCACCAGUUGUCUCCCUGGAGUCUCCGGUUGAUGUGUCGUGUUCCGGUUGGACGGACGACUCGGGAGGCCACCUGUAUUACCAGAUCCUGGUGGACGGUACGGUGUACAGCACACAUGUGUUGUACCACGGAACGCGAGACACUCAGUCCGUGUAUGUCGCACCACUCUCGGCUACCACAGACAGGGUCAAACUCCAGGUCAAGGUCAUCGAUGAGCUGGGAGCUGCCAGUGAUGGGGGAGAGAAAACUAUUCAGUUUGAGAUGCCGACUCUGAAUUCAUCUAAGACGGACUACUUAGUGAGGAUGGCCGACACGGAGUUGAGACGACUCGUCAGACAGAACAAGCCGAUGAGUCUCCUGCAGUAUGCCAUUGCGCUCAGUGAGCAGCUCAACCACGAGUCAGACAGCGGCGGGGGGCAGGAGGGGGAGGUGUCGCGGGAGAAGCGGGCUGUGGUGCGCGACGCCAUCACACUCAGUCUGAUCAUGAUACCAGUCAACUCACUCUCCGACGUCCAACAGAUGGCCUACUUACUCAGACUGCUCACGAAAUACUCUGAUGAAUACCAGACGGCAUCAAGCCACAUGUUGAUUGUCAAGGUCCUCGAGAACAUCGUACAAGUCCUGCAGUCCUAUGCUCACCAAGGACUUGACUGGAAGCAGUUCGUGUCUCACCGACUCAUGUCAACGAUAUCCAACCUCAUCACGGCGGUCAAUCUGGCCGUGUAUUCCCCACAGGACGUCUCGUCCACCAGCCAGUCCGGCCAGCUGACCGGGGUUGCUGCGGACUUCGUCUCGUUGAGGAGCGAGAUCCACAGCUUCAUGUCGGGUAUGCCGGUCGGUGGCGGGUCGCGGAGCGCGGAGGACGAGCUUCACCGCAGACAGGUGGUCCCGCGAGUGUUCCGCAUCGCCGAGCAGGUCAUGUCGACCAGUCUGAUGACCACAGUGCUGACCGAGCAGUCCCUGGUGUUCAGUCUGGGUGGGAUCGACGUGUACGGACAGCGGACGAAGACGGACAGUGUGUGGAGGAGGAGGGAGCUGCUGGGAUGUAUGUUCUCUCUGUCGGACACUCUGUUUGACGGAGUCAUCAAGGCAGAUCAAGAAAUAUUCCAGGUGAUGUUUGUGUUAUCUAAAAACCCGUACACCUGGGGCAGCUUCAAGGAUUUCACCAUCACGUCCAACGUACCUGCCCUCAGUUUCAAAUACUCGGACGGGUCAAGCAUUAAACUGGCUGACCUUCCCACCAAGGAUAAGAUCAAGAUCCUGAUGUUUCGGAACGAUUCCAACUACACGCUGGCCACUGACAAUCUGAUAGCGAGUCCACACUACCAACCUUUGGACACUCUCACAUACAGCGGUUUCACACUGAAGUCUAAACGGUCUAAAAAGGUUGUCGUGGAUGUGUCAAGAGGACAGAGUCAGGUUUCUUCUCUUCAUAUUCAGAUUCGGGUCAGUGUUCUACAGAAUGAAACUGAGGCGGAGAAUGGUGUUACGCCAACAGGGUCAGUGUCAGCCUAUCUAGGGGUGAAUUAUGAAGCGACUGAAACCAAAUACGAAGUGUUUAAAGAAAUCGGAACACUGCAGAUGGCUGAUGGUGUUGAUCAUCGGACUUAUACCUUCUUUAUUCCAUCUCUCACGUUUGACACGGCCUCUUCUUACUCUGUGAGUGUGUUCAACAACAACGGCUACCAUGACGUGAAUCUCUCGGCCGCUGUGUACUUCUCAAGCUGUCAGUACUUUGCUGCAACACCCAGCGACUGGUCAGUGAGUGGGUGUGAGGUGCUGGACGAGUCCAUCCCAAUAUGCUCUGUGUGUCUCUGUGACCAUCUCACCUCAUUUGGGGGCAGUGUCCUUGUACCACUGGAUGCCAUCGACUUCGCAGAUCUCGCGCGACUUGACCUGGCAGUGAACCCUGUUGUCAUAACAGCAGUCGGCAUCAUUUUGGCUGUUUACAUCAUCAUCGUUAUCUUCUCCUACUACUGGGACCGUGCCGACCUCAGCAGAAUCUCAGUUAUCCCCCUUUGUGGCAAGAAUGGCUCACACAAAUACGAAGUUACCAUUAUUACUGGUCGACUUCCUGGAGCAGGCACGACCGCUCACGUGGGUAUUAAACUGUACGGUCAGCUUGGCAAGAGUGAGCCACGACACCUUUCAAAGACAGACAUCCCUGCCUUCCAGAGGAACUGCAGCGACAAGUUUUUCAUUGCCACAGAUACCAACUUGGGAGACUUGUGGAAGAUUCUCGUCUGGCACGACAACACAGGACUGUCGCCGUCGUGGUACCUCCAUCGGAUCGAGGUCAUUGAUCUCCUGACAGACAUGAAGUACUACUUCCUCGUUGACACGUGGUUGUCCGUGGAACAAGAGAACGGAAUUCUGCAGAAGGAAAUAAGUGUGGCAGGGGCGGAUGAACUGAAGCGGUUCUCCAGCACGUUGAAGACUGCGACGUAUGAAGGACUUGCCGACAGACACAUCUGGCUGUCCGUAUUCAAUCGUCAUGACAACAGCCGGUUCACACGGGUGCAGCGCGCCACAUGCUGUGUGACGAUCGUGUUUGUGUUCAUGCUGGUGGAUGCCAUGUGGUAUGGACUGCUCAAGGACCGGACGGACGCACAGGCUGAUGUCUCAUGGUCGUCGUUCUCGUGGGAGGAGGUCGUGAUCGGCCUCGUCUCCAACACCAUCGUAUUCCCCGUCGCCCUCGUCCUCAUCCUCAUCUUCAAGAAGAGCAGGUCUCAGAAGAACAUGUUCCGGAAGCCGCAGACAGCUCAGACGAUUGAGAUUCCGUGUGACAUCUCUCAGUACAGCGGGUCUCUGAGGUGUUCCUCCCCACAUGCGGACUGGGAGUCAUACUACGAUGGAGAGAGCACUGUCGGCUCAGUCAGGGCGUUCGAGCUGGGAAGUUUGCACAGAUCAAACACCGUGAGGCGAGUGAGUGAGGACAGCGAGGCCCACAGUGAGCCAACAAACACCACAAAGAAGUCAUCCCUUCAGUCUAUCCGUCGCACACAUGAACUGAUGUGGUCACAUGACAACAUUCUGAGAAGCUGGCCAGAAAAGGUUCCGGCCUGGUCUGACAAUCUGAGUAGUGCCGAUCCUCCGAGUACAUCCAAAUCAGACUCCAAGAAGAAAUCAAAGAAAAAGGAUGGAUGUGACAGUGAUGAUGAAUUUCAGCAGAGGUUGGACAAGAUUGAUCAGGAAUUAGAACAGAAAGAGAAAAAACAACAAGCCAAGGACAAAACAACCAGUCUUGGUAAACCGAGCACCAAGUUGGCUGGUAAGAAUGAUAUUGAUCUGUUUUCCUCUGACGAUGAAUGGGCCAAGAGUAAUCCCGUUCCUGUGAAGAAGUCAAAGAAAAUGAAGACUCCCCCAUACCCUGCCGGCGCCACCGCCAGUCGCGUGCAGCCACGACAACCACCGACCAUCAAUGACAGAGUGGAUGAUCUGGGUAAUGUGGAUGACAUCCUCUAUUCGGAUGAUGAACUCUCCACUGAUAAGAAAACAAAGAGCAAGGAAUCAACACAGACUCACAGAUAUAACUCUAGAACCCAGAGAGAAAGGAAGUUCAGUUCAUCGAGUGGAGCUGCCAGGAAGGCAUCUCGUCGGAUGUCUCACGGUACAAGCAGCCUGAAGGAGACAGCAUCCAUCAGAUCAGACCGACACCCAGGAUCUAACUCGGAGCCAGACAGUAGGCGUGAGAGCAGUGUGGCAGCAUACUGGAGGCGUCACAGCAGUAUUUCCCAGUCUAUGAGACCGAGGACAGCGUGCUCGCUGCCCCCGUGGUGUGUGUACAUCGGCUACAUGGUGUGCACGCUGCUGUCCACCAUCUCCAUCAUCGUCAUCCUGCUGUAUGGCUACAACUUCGGCCGUCACGUCGCCAUCAAGUGGCUCCUGUCUAUUAUUAUCUCGUUCCUCUUCUCAGUGUUCAUCAUUGAACCAGUCAAGGUGUUGGUGUUGGCGGUGUAUCUGGCUGUGGUCUCUAAAAACGUACACGAGGACCACGAUGGAGAUUCUAUCGACGUUCUGCCCACAGUGCAGGCCAACGAACAGAUCAAGGAUGUGAGGUUUCGCCCGCUGGGUGGGUUUGCGUUGCUGCAGGCGAGGGAGAAGGGGAUGAAGAUUUGCCGCAUGCACGUGAUGCUGCGCCAAGUCGUUCUCUUCAGCUUCCUGCUCACGUUGCUCCUGGCGAUCUGCUACAUCAACUUCCCACACAGCGCCUUCGUCAGCACCCAGUACGUGAAACACCGGCUCACAGACAGUCCAGCGAACCUCAGACUCGGAAAUUUAAAAAAUAUUCCAGAUGUACAGGGCUGGAUGCAAUCUGUCCUAGCAGAAACAAUCCACCAUCAAGAACUACACACAGAAGAAUUCCCCCUGCUACUGGGUGUCACCAGACUCAGACAGAUACGCAGUAUUACAGACCUCUGUCCUGCUGCUUCUGAUCUGAACAAGCUGAAGGUUCCAUUUUUGACCUCUGACCCAUGUGAAGGAUCUAUGACCUUCAAGGAGGACACGGCUAGAUACGGAUUAAAAUGGCAGACAAGCAAUAAUCUAAACGCUCCAUGGCCGUACAGCUCUGCUGAAGAGACCAACACGCAAUCCAAGUUUGGCCAUGCUCAGCUGUAUUCUGGAGGCGGUUACGUUGUGAUGUUGGGGACAUCAUACAAUGAGACACGACAACUUCUACAGGACAUCUUCAGUGAGGACUGGAUGAACCUAUACACACGUGCCGUGUUUGUGGAGUUCACUCUCUACAGCAUGGCAGAAGACCUCGCUAGUUCAGUGUCUGUCCUUCUCGAGUUUCCAUUGUCAGGCGGUGUUCUCACCAGUGUUGAUGUUCUGACCCAGAGACUGAUGUGGUACGAUGGAGUCCGCAUUGACCCAGUGAUGGUGUGUGAGGUGUUGUUCAUGGCAUGUGUUGUUUACCUGAUUGUUCACCUAAUACUAACAAUGGUCGAGGAGAAAUCUCACUUCAUCACCAGCGUGUGGAACUGGCUUGAUGUCGUCAUCGUCACACUCAGUGUUAGCUGUGUCGGGCUGUACGUGGCAUGCAUCGUUGUGACAACCAACACCUUCCACGACUACUUUGCCAACAGGCAGAUGUUCACCAGCUUUGACCGGCCAUCUCACCUGCAUGAGGUUCUGUGUGACCUGCACGCCUGGUUACUGUUCCUCAUCUUUAUCAAGAUUGUGAGACAACUGCGGUUCAUCAAGUGUUUUCAUGUGUAUGACAAGACUCUAGCGAACGCAGUCGGGAAACUUCUUGGCUGCACACUUAUCUUUGUUAUCAUGAUAUGUAGCUAUGCACAGCUGGGAUACCUGAUCUAUGGUUCCACAAUACGAGACUUUGCGAGUUUCCACACUGCCAUAACGACCUUGCUGAGAACGAUAUGUGGAGCCAUGAACCUGGCCACCCUGCUAGAGUUCCACCCGGUGUUAACCCCGCCCUACUUCUACUCCUUCUACGCCCUCACGUACGGGGUCUUCAUCGGCCUGGUGAUGGCGGUGCUGAACGACACGUACCGCAUGACACGACAACAGAUGUACUACAAGGCGACACUUGAAGCCCAGGACUAUGAGAUGAUCGACUUCAUGAUGAACAGGUUCAAACUGUGGGCAGGGAUCAAGAAGCAGAGACCAGCGUUUCAAAGGGUCAAGUUCAAAGGUCAGCCAUCUUUACCGAGUCGGUCAAGCAGCUCAGCACGUUCCAGUCAGUCAACGUCGACGAGCAGCUCCGACCAGCUCGGGCUGGAAAGUGCUGCCCUGUACAAAGAAUACCUGAUGGACAAGAUGCAGCCGCAGUGGGAGAACGUUCUCAGUCGCUUCCAGAGUAUUGUUAAACUUGACAAAGAUGAAGAACAGCAAAUGAAGAAACUUGAGAAGGAAAUUAAAGACUGGACAACUAAAAAGAAGUCAGACGAGAAAAUCAAACAGUCACGAGGAAAGACCUCCCAGUUCCGGACUCGCUUCCAGAGUAACCUGGGAACUACAGCAGUGAAAAACCCAAAAGAGUUACUCGGUCGGAAGUCGGUCACUCCACCGAACGUGUCUCCACGGGAACCGACCUCGGAGACGGGUGGGAGACCCCACAGUGACCAGUGUGACCGAGUGGAUACAAAAUCACAUCAACAAUCCAGCAGUGACACACAACAGAUGGGGAAUCCAUCUCACAGUAAGAAUGUGCAUUUCUCUAAACAAGCCUGGUGAAUGUACCAUCAAAAAUCGAAUAAUAUCACCAUCAUACUUUUCCCUCCAUACAGACAAUACUGUGUGAGAUUGUUGUAUCAUACAGUGAUCUGCUACUUAUGUGGAAUAUCAAUUUAAAGAUGUCUGAUUGGCUGCUCCAAGAUGAUGACCCAGAUGCCAAAGCCACAUAUUCCAAUGAAAUUAGCACAACCAAAACUGACUGCUCUGUGAUGUAUGGUGAGAAGACCAAACAAGCUCAAGCUUUUGCUUCUUAUAUAUGUUAACAAAAAGCUUGUAAGUUUAGUGGUAUCUAAUGGCCACUUACAAACUGUGAAGUACAUGAUAGGUGAGGACAAGACAAAAUGCGGUGCUACCGAAACAUUUAUAGACUAGCACAAGUUAACCAUAUGUUCACUGUUCAGAUGAGAUUGAGAUAUAUUUUGCUGCUUAAUAUUUGAACUGAUUGUGCAAGAUGUGACUUAAAGUUACCAAUAACUACCAACUGAGUCACUGGUCGAAUUACCAAUUACCACAAACUGAGUUAUUGGUUAAAUUACCAAUAACUACAAACUGAGCCAGUUGCUGAGUUACUAAUAACUACGAACUGAGUCAGUGGUGGAAUUACUAAUGACUACAAAUUGUGUCAGGGAUUGAAUGACUUAUAACUACAAACUUAAGUGGUUGAGUUAUCAAUAACUGCGAACUGGAUGGUUGAUUGUAAACAUGAAAUAAGUGAAUGGUUGAUUCACCAAUGAUAACAAACUGAAUGGUUGAUUGUAAAUAUAAAUUGAGUGAAUGGUUGAUUUUUAAGUCACUACAAACUCAACGGUUGAUUUACUUGUCAACACAAACUGAGUACAUGGUUGAUUUUUUACUUUUGUAAUACAGUAUAAUUUGUGUGUAGAAUACUGCAAGAUAAUUUCUUGCCCCCAAAUGAUUAUCAAACAGUGCCUAUGAUCUAAGACAUACAAACUCUAAUAUGUGUAGUCAAGCCUGUUUAUACUGUCCACACACCUACAUAAUAUGCAGGUGGCCUUUAUACAGAGGCCAGAUUGUUUGUUGUAUGUAGAAGGAAUUGCGAAGUGCCUGUUAGAGACAAAUGGGAUUAAAAGACUCGACUGUGUUAUGUACAACCUCUGUGAUACUAAGCUGUGUGUUAUUUCUUAUAUCAUGGGACCAUAUAUUUUAAUAAUACUACAUCUACUAUUUGAUCUGUGUAAUAACAUUAUAUUCAGUUAUAAAAUACAACUACUGCUGUGUUUGAUAUUUGAUAUAUCCAAUGUGUGACAUACAACUGAUAAUGAUAUGUUGUAUUGUUUUUGUCUAUGCUAGUUUUUAUAUUGUUAUUUUUUUUAUCUUCUCAAGUGGUAUUUUCUCUUAAAGAAUCACUGACUUAUAUACUGGCUAUCUCAUACCAUGGAAAUAGUCACUCUAAUAGAAAUAGUUCCUCCAAUGCAACCUGCUUCUCAUAUUUUGGGACUAGUCACUCCUAAUAAGAGAUUUCCUAUCUCAUAUUUUUCUGACUGGUUACUCCUAUGGGACUUCCUGGCAUAUUUUGGGAUAUGUAACGUCUAUGGGACAUGUUAUAUUUUGGGACUAGUUACUUCUAAUGGACUUGCUCUCUCAUACAGUUUUACUAAGUGCUACUUAUGUUGUGAUAAUUUUACAUUUUCUGUGAUAUUUACAUUUGCAUAAGAUUUCCGUCCAAACAUUACACAAGUCAAGCAUUACAUGGCACGGUUUAGCCUGUUAUUGAUGGGAUAUCACUUUUUUUUCAUAUCAAGACAACAUGUGAUUUAUUAUUGGAGAAGAUACUGAAUUAAUGUAUUUGUUAAUUAAAUUCUGUGAUUAUUUUAAUCAUAUUGGUGCAUUUUGACUGAAUUACAGUUUGUAGUUUUACAAGAUUGAAUUGUUUGUGCUAUUUUUUUAAUGUUUUAUUAUUUCCAACUUACUUUUACAUUUUGUCAUUUCUUAUGCAAGUAUAGAUUUAACUUUGUAUUUUUUAUGUUGUUUUUUCAUCUUUACACUCUUGAUUCUUACCUUGCUUUGAGUACUUCUUUCUAUAGAAACUUUAGGAAAAUGUAUUCACUUGUUUUUAAGGUCAUGUGUUACGAACCAAUCUUAGUGCUUAGAAGGUCAGGUGGGAUGUAACACCUCAUAUGACUGGCGCAAUAGAAGGUCAGGUGGGAUGUAACACCUCAUAUGACUGGGGCACUAGGUCAGGUGGGAUGUAACACCUCAUAUGACUGGGGCACUAGGUCAGGUGGGAUGUAACACCUCAUAUGACUGGCGCAGUAGAAGGUCAGGUGGGAUGUAACACCUCAUAUGACUGGGGCACUAGGUCAGGUGGGAUGUAACACCUCAUAUGACUGGGGCACUAGGUCAGGUGGGAUGUAACACCUCAUAUGACUGGCCCACUAGGUCAGGUGGGAUGUAACACCUCAUAUGACUGGCCCACUAGGUCAGGUGGGAUGUAGCACCUCAUAUGACUGGCGCACUAGGUCAGGUGGGAUGUAACACCUCAUAUGACUGGCCCACUAGGUCAGGUGGGAUGUAGCACCUCAUAUGACUGGCGCACUAGGUCAGGUGGGAUGUAACACCUCAUAUGACUGGCGCAAUAGAAGGUCAGGUGGGAUGUAACACCUCAUAUGACUGGCACACUAGGUCAGGUGGGAUGUAACACCUCAUAUGACUGGCGCAAUAGAAGGUCAGGUGGGAUGUAACACCUCAUAUGACUGGCACACUACAACUUUACCAGAAAGUAAUCAAAUGCUUUUAGUGAUAUAAAUUGAAAUCAGUGAAUGGGUAAUAAAUAGGUUAUUAAACAAGCUUUUAUUUCAUAUCAUGUUUAUAUCUCUUGUGAAAUAAUUUUCACUAAAGCUUGUGACAACUGAAAAUUAUUUCACUCAGGACAUAAACAUGAUACGAAAUGGAAGUUUGUUUAAUAUCCUAUAAACACAUCGCAUGUUUAAUAGUAAUUGUAAAACACAGGACAGUCUCUUUAACAUGGAAGUUCUUGGUCAAAUGUGUAUAUCUUCUUUAUAUAUCCACUGUAAAACACACGUCGAAUACUAACAGAGAAAUGAAAUAAUUCAUGUGCCAAACAUUGAUGAUUGCAUUCAGAUUAUUAGUGUCUAUGUAUGUGUGCAUGCAUGUGUGUAUAGGUUAUGUUUCCUUCAGUAAAUACAAAAAAUAGAGUUGUAUUAUUAAUUGCUUGUUUGGAGUUUUUUUUAAAAACAAGAUAGUUUUUUCCUACUUUGAUGAUAAUAAUUUUUAUAUUUUUAUAUUGAGUAAAGAAAUUGCGAUUCCUAUAGAUAAUUAAAUUAUUAAAUAUGUAUACCUUUCAAAAAUCUAAUUGUGACUGAUUUUUGAAUACGUAUCUUCCUCUUUGAUUUGAGAGUUAUGUUAAUGAAUCUGUGUGCUCAUUUUACUUGCUAGAACACACUGUGUAGAGUUAUUACUCUAGCAGUAGUUUAGUUCUUUACAUUUACAAUAUUACUAGUUGUUAAAAAUUGUUGUUUUUCUUUUUAUCUAAUAAUGAUGCAAAUUGGUUUGUUGGUGGUUUCUAGAUUAUAUAUUAUAUUUUCAUAUUUUUCUUAUAUUUAUGUUUGACAAUAUUUUCAGUGAAAUAGCAAUUUAUGUUUUUUGCUGUUUUGUGUAGGAAAGAUUUGACAUGUAUUUAUAUUUACAUUGAGUAUAUUUACGUGUAGUUAUUUGUGGCAAAUCGAGUACAAGCUAGUCCCUUGUGUAACAGUUGUCUUAAUGGGAAUAUUUGAACAAGACAUUGCUCUUUAUGUUAAGCCUAAAGCUACGUUUCCAUCUAUAUGUUUUACAUGAAGCCAUAAAUUUGUGAAUUGCCGAAAUAAUGUGUCUGCCAUGUCGGUGUUUCCAUGUACAGUAAAACCUCUCAAAACCAGACCCUCUGUAAACUGGAAUUCCCUAAAAACCGGAUGUUUUUCAUGGCCCCUUUUUAAAUAUAUAUAUAUAUAUAUAUAUAUCUACAGAAGAAAUCCUCUCAAAACCAGAUACCUCUUAAAACCGGACUUUUUAGUUGGUCCCAAGGGUGUUUGGUUUAGAGGAGUGUCACUGUACAUGAGUUUGGAAUUGCUUAUCGAGCAAUUUGUCGCCAAUUUUCACGUAUCACGGAAGUGCAGAAUCCCACAAGAAAUGACAUCACACGAAAGCAUUGUUAAUAUGGGCAAGAAGUUUAAACUGACCAAUGUUUUUACUGUGUCCUUUCGAAUUUAAUUUUUGUUAAUUCUAACUUCACGGAUGGGUAUACCUGCAGAGGUAUGGAAAUUAUCAAUACAAACUUAGAUUACAUAUGGAAAUGUAGCAUAAUGAUAGACAAUGUUUUAGUUUGCUUGUGAUAUAAAAAUCAAUGGUUUAAGUUAUUUGUAGUACAAAAAACUAUAUUUUAGUUUAUUGUAAUGCAAAAAACUAUGUUUUAAGUUAUUUAUAGUUUUCAAAAAACACAAAAAAACCCACAACAUUUUAGUUUACUUGUAGUACUUUUGGUUUCAUUUUAUUACAUGCUCAGAGUUUUAUUUUGUAGUACAAACAAUAUUACAGUUAAAUUUAGUAUAAAAACCAAUAUUUUAAUACCAAAAUAUGUUUAGCUGAAAUUGUUCUAAUUUUUAGCAAUGCCGUAUUGUAGAUUUUGGUAAAAUUAUUAUUUCAGAUUUUAGCAACUCGUUAUUGACCAUUAGUUUGAUUUUUAACAAUUUUGAAACGUAAACUUCUAUGAUUAACAUCAUAGCAUUAUUGGAUGAUCUGGGUGCUCGUAGUAAUCAAUGUGUUUCUGUAUUGUUGUUUUAAUUACUUGUACAAUGAAUGUGGUGUUAUCUCUGUUUUGUCUUCAUACAGAUUUUGUACCGGUGAAACUAAAACCAUAAAUAUUUUACAUAAACAAGUGAUAUAGUAAACCUAGGAUUAAUUCUUUCUCUGAUCAAACUUAUUAUCUUUUUGACUGAACUCUUCUCACUCAUUCAUACAGCAUAAUCAUCUUUUCCUUAAAGUAUUAUUUAUUUGUUGGUUUAUUUCAUUGACAGAGUAUAGUCUGUAAAUUACCAAAGUGAAAUAUCUGGGGGUCACAUACACAGUUUAAAUUAUGUGGGGGACACACAGUGUAUAUUAUGUGGGUGACAUACAGUGUAUAUUAUGUGGGUGACAUACACAGUUUAAAUUAUGUGGGGGACACAGUGUAUAUUAUGUGGGUGACAUACAGUUUAAAUUAUGUGGGGGACACAGUGUAUAUCAUGUGGGUGACAUACACAGUUUAAAUUAUGUGGGGACAUACAGUGUAUAUUAUGUGGAGGACACAGUGUAUAUUAUGUGGGUGACAUACACAGUGUAAAUUAUGAUGAUUACAUAUGCAGUGGGGUAACAUAUGCAACAUAAAACUGAUCAGGGUGACAUAUAUAAUGUAAAUUAUCUGGGUGAUAUAGUCAGUAUAAAUGAUGACGGUGAUGCACACAAAUUAUUAUUAAAACUAUGUUGCACACUUUAUUUCAUCUUCACAUACCUGCAUGUUAACAUUUUUAAAAAGAUUUGUACAGAAAGAAUUAUAUAAAAUAUAUUUUUUAUUCUUUUACUACAAUGUAAAGUUUUCUUAUUUCUCUUUAUACAUGACGACCGUCAGAAGAUGAUUUCUCCAUGACUGAGGGACUGUUAAUAAAAAUAAACAAUUA